GCGCUGUUGAUAUGAUUUAGGUUAAAAAUUUAGCACUAGCAGGUGCAUGUGACAGCAGUCUAGACUUUAUCUCAUUCUUAAACCGUGAAAAUGUGAUUUGACGUUCGAAGUUAAUAAUAAUCUAAAUUUGAUACAUAAGGAAAAUGGUCGAGGAGUUAAGGAAAUACUUCUUCAAGUUGCUCCAGAUGGUGGAAGGACUGGAGGCCAUAAUUGUUACCGACAGAGAUGGGGUACCGGUGAUUAAAGUCACCUCAGAGGCUGUUCCAGAGCAAGCCUUGAAGCCAGCCUUUCUAGCAACCUUUGCCAUGGCAGCCGAUCAAGCCAGUAAGCUGGGCUUGUCACACAACAAGAGCAUCAUCUGCAUGUACGGAGCUUACCAGGUGGUUCAGUUCAACCAGCUUCCAUUGGUCAUAAGUCUAAUUGCAAGUAGUACGGCCAACACAGGUUUACUCUUGUGUAUGGAGUCCGAGUUGCAAGGAGUUUUACAAGAACUGAAAACGGCAAUAGACAUAUGACACCGACGUCUGUAGAUUAUUUUUUUUACAGUAGCGUAUCAAACAGAGAUGUCAGGCAGGGAAGAAGGCGAUUUCCUUUUAUGAGUUUACCCAAUGAAUCCCUGCGUUACUCUUGCCUAGUAUUAUUUCAUAUUUGAAAACACAAGGUAGAUAUAUUUGUUGUACACAACAUGUUGAUUCUACUGUGCCCACAUGUUGAUUAUUUUUUUUAAAUAUUUGGUGGGCUUAGAACAUUACAUUGUCAAGGAAAAAAGUUAUCUUUUAUCAUGUAUCGACUGUGUCUUAGGUACUCUUACGUCAUGGGUGGCAAAUCUAUCAUGUAGUCGCCAUGAAGAUUUUUCAAAAAAUGAAAAUGUCUGUGUUUUGCUUAAAACUUGUAUCUAAAAAGGUUAAAGAAUUGUGUACAUUAAUAAUAUAAGCUAACUUUUGACAAAGCUGACAUACAUGUACAUGUACAUGUACUAUAAACCUUAUUUGUAAAUGUUGGAUCAUCUAUUUCUAAAAAUCAAGUGUCAACAAUCUGUGCGUUUGGUAACUGUCAUAGUUCAUAUCAGCUUAUCAGUUGGAUUUUGAAACGAUGUAAAGAUAUAAACAGGAAUUUAUAAAGCACACACUUUCAAAAUACAUGUACUUCUCAUUAGAAUCUGUGAAGAUAUAUUUUAAAGUUCAAACCAAUUACAGUCUUGUAACUAUCAAUUUAAACUUCAAAUCUCAGCACAUGAAAGUUUCUGGUUGAUCCUCAUUUGGCAUCUUUGUAAUUACUUUGAUAAAUGGUUCAGCGCCAAAUGUUAAGACCAAAAGGUCAAACUGCCAGAAAGGUACAUUUUAAAAGACUGAGCACAACAAAGGCUCAUUAUUGAUACCCUCCUUUGAAAAUUAUCCCAUUAGUCACUGAAGUGCCUGAAACCGCCCUGCUUAUAGAUCUCUCUCAUAGGACGCCAUCUUCGUAGGAAAAUUACAACUGCAUGUUCAACGCCAUCAGGUGCGUGUGCGCGCAGUGUGCUAUAAGCGAGUUGCUUGAAAUGUCUUCAAAAUACGGCGCAGCCGAUGCGCACCACGGAAAUUUGACGCCCAAAAUGCUGAUGCACGUGGCAAUCUGUAGGAAGUGACGUCAUUUGAGAGAGACCUUUUUUUCAGUGAAUAAAUACAAUGUAAUACAAUUUAGUGCAUGGGCAAAUGGGUUAAGGACUAGAGUCUUACAUCUUUAGUCAAACUGGCGAGCUAUUUGAUGAGAAUAAAUGUACAAAAUUCCUAUGAAGAGAAAAUAAUUCA